AUUUAAAUCACAUUUCACCACCAAACAAGGAGUCUGCAUUAGGAUGUCAUUAAGGCUGUGGGAUUCGCCAGCCAAGACAGUAUCCCUGCAAAUUUCAGUAUGUAUCAGAGAAAGUUGCAGCCAGAGAAUAAGGCAAAGUUGUUGGGCUGCUGGGGGAGAGCCGUGAGAUUUCUGCCAGCAGUAGUGAUUAUCAUCCUGCUCCUCAUUUACCUGAUGAGCUUUAACCUCUCCCCAUUUCAACAGUUAAACCCUCAGGAAUCAAGACACGAAAGUAGCCAAAGAGAUCAUCACAAAAUCAAGCUCAUUGCUGCUUCAGCAACCAUGAAUCCUAUGGACAGAAUUUCUGGACAACAAUGUAACAACAACAAUUUCCAGAUCCCCAAACUAUUGGCUGCCUUCCAGGCAUCUGUGACCAAAGAUGAAGAUAUUUCAUUGGAAAGUUAUCUUGAAGGAUGGACAGAACUACAAAAAAUUAUCAAUGCACUUGGCACUGUUUUUGGAUUUAUAUCAGAGGAAGUGAACAGUAAGAUGGAGAUAAUCAUCCGUCAUCGAAAGGGUGUACAUGGGAAGGAAUAUGCCACUAUAAUGUCCAUGAUUGAUUAUGAACUGAGAAGUAAGUUGGUGAACAACAGUAGCCUUCACAGUGAUGGCCUGGUGUCUGGCUGUCACACUUUACUGCGUCUCCAUCGAGCACUGCAAUGGCUCCAGCUUUUUCUUGAUAAGUUAAGAUAUGAUUCUCAGAGUAAUUCAAUAUCCGAUAUGUGUGCUGAUGCCUACCAGAGGACCCUUGCCAAACAUCACAGCUGGUUGAUACAAAAGGCUGCUGGUUUUGCCUUCCUUGCCCUACCAUCCAGAGCAAAAUUCCUCCACAUGUUAUGUAUGCAAGACAACAAGGACACCAGGGUGAAAUUAUGGAAAUCUGUCAAUGCGAUUGAGAGAGUUUAUAAUAUUACACAACACAUGUAUGCACAACAUGGAAUGCUGGAAUUGCCCUAGUCCCAAAGCACUUCAUCAAAUCGGAUGUGUGCUAAUGAGAAGGGGACUUAUUAUAGAUAAGGGGGGAUUAAACAAAUGUAUUUCAGUAGAUCGCCUUAAACCAGCCCAUCAAGAUUUGGAGGAUUCCACUACCAAGUCCCUGCUGUCACAACUUGACAUGUCAACUCACCUCUGGAUGAGCCAGAGGAAUCUGCUGUUCCUCCACUCAUGGAACAUUGUCUGAGCAGUCUGAGCUCCAGAAAGGCUCACAAUACCAGUUUAAAUGAAUUCUGGUUGGGGGGCCUGUGUAGGGUAAUGUAAUAGGUAGAAAUGAGACAUAAUUCACAACUACUGACCUCAAGUUGGGGUUCAUUUUAAGAGGCUGGUCUGACAUGAUGAUGUAAUGACAUGGAAAUUUUUUUAACCGCGCUUUAUGUUCUGUGCUUGGAGGACAAUAAAAGAGUAGUCACGGCUUUCUUUAAACUUAAAA